AUGAGUCGUCAGCAUACCGUUCUUCUCUUCUUCGGUCUCGUUCUUGAGCCCGAUGGAUUCCAUGUACCGCCACAUCUCUUGCCGAACCUUACUCCGGACCCCAUCGGCUCCUACUGCAAUAUCUACUUCGAAAACGGUGUCAUCCGCACAAUGAACCCGUACUUUGGUGGGCAGAUGCUCCACCCUAGUAACCUUCUUGUUUAG